AUGCCUGGCAACGCUACCACUACCACUACUCACCCGAGAAAUGAGCUCUUCGAUCUCGAUAAUGAGAUUUCAUUCGGUAGAUGCGACGCAAGACUGAGGUUGUCAGGCACCGAGAACUUCAUCGUGCGGUUCAAUAGUGACGGAGCAAAUUGCGCGGUCGAUGUCAAAGAGGACGAGGCUUUGAAGUGGCUACAGCGGGAGAAUCGUGCUGAUCAUCAAGCCGUAUGGCUGAAUUUCUGGGCGUCGUCGUUGCAGAAACGCACCAUCACAGCAGUCGCAAAGAAGUAUGGCCUAUCGCCACGAUUGACAGGGCUACUAUUCCCUGCGACGGCCAGUGCACCCUCGACAACAGGCAACGCCUCGACAGGGACUAUUUCAAAUGGAGCUGUAGCUACACCCGGCACCACGAAAGACUCCCACUUGACCGACCUCGAAAAAGGUGCAACUCGGCCUAUGCGAACACCACAGCCGGACUCGGCCGGAUCAGCCAGCUCGAAUCGUAUGAACUUUGGCAACGUCGUCACUGAUCUGUGGCAUUUCUGUUCGGUCGAUUUCGGCCGCCAUUACAUCUACGUCGGCUACAAUGCCCUGUUGCCCGGAGCCGAAAACACCCACAAGAGCAAACCAUCUGGACAACGGAUCUGGACGUCCUUACUUCUCUGUGAUGACGGUACCAUCAUCUCGGUCUUUGAGCGGCCUACCAUGCCAACGCCAGAAGCGCUUGAACGGACGCGGUUCAACGUGCUCAACGUGUUCAAGCAUCUAUCCUCGUUACAUGACCAGGAUGACGCGCAGGAUGCCUUGAUGAAGGUCCGAGUACGGUGGAACGAGCACUCAGCCAAAUCCCGAACGGGCUAUUCGGAGACCGAAGCAGCAAGCCUCUUGUUCUACUACCUCUUUGACGACUGGCUAUCAACGUAUAGGCUUAUCGCCCGCCAAGAACAUCCCUACCGAAAGAAUCUGGAGAAACUGAGGGAGCAGAUGUUGGAAGCGGCAGAUGUGUCUCUGAUCCAGCAGGUGCAUGAUGUUGGACGACAGUUGACUGUUCUCAAAUUGAUGUACCAGGGUUAUGAGCUGAUCGUGUCUCGCUUACUGCAUCGCCAACGGGCCGUAACGCAAGCGGAGAUCAUGUCCAUGUCCCCUGCAGAUCCUAGACGCUUCCAUACCGUCCAGACGUAUCAUGAGACGCCUGCAUCACAGUUGGACCAGAGCCAUCUCACGAUCCUCGACGAGGACUCCAGUCUAAGCGUCAAGUUGAGCUUGUCGGCAGUCGUUCGGUUUGAAAGAUUGCUUGACCGUAUCAGGUUAUACGCGCUGACGGAGAUCGAGGAGUGCUUAAAGGAGAAAGAAUCACUGGUGUUCAUGAACUUCAAUUUGGUCACCCUGAAAGAGUCUCAAGCGGUCGAAAGGCUCACUCGAACGACAAUACUGCUGGCCAAGGCGACCAUUCUAUUUCUUCCAAUCAGUCUGAUGACGGCAUAUUUUUCCAUCCAGGUUGGAGAUAUCGCAAAGAUAUAUAGCCUGAAGACAUAUUGGCUGUGUUUCUUGGUUGUUUCCGUUCUGUCGAUUGCCUUCUUGGGGGCAUUUGGAUUCUACACCCACACUGUCGAGGGCAAGACUAUUUACAGGUCGGUCACGAGGAUGAUCCUGGAUGUUUUCAAGGGGAAACGGAAAAGGCAAUGAAAUGUCUUGAUUACUACGUAGUAUCACGAGUCAGUUGAUUUCGACCAAGGCGCCAUCUCGCGUUUGGACUUGUCCCAUUUA